CGUCACUCUCUCUUUGCCUUCUCCAAUAUUUUUCAUAUGCGACAAAAAGAAAAAAUUUUCCAGUUAGCUCAAUUAAAAAAAUAUCCAAAAAAUGCUUAGAUCGGUCGACAUAUGUAAGAAAUGGUUGGCUCGUGAAGGUUCACAGUUCACACAACAACACGAUCGAAAUUUUUGACGAAGCAUAAGCUUUUACUUUGGAUCUUGAAGAAUAAACCACAUAUCAAUUGUGUCCGACACUAAUUUCGAAGCAAGAUGAAGGAGCACGAAAUAAGACUUAGGAAUGAUUAUGGAUUGCAAAACAUGUACAGGUAGAAGCAGAGGGAGAGCUGCUCGUUCAAAUUCUAUCAGCACGCACAGUAACUAUAAACUAUAAAAUUGUUUGAUAUUUUGAUUUGUUUAUCAUAUACUAAUAGUAAAUUAUUCUUACUCUUUUUUGGAGGAUAAACACAAAACACCUAUAGCGAGAUGCAUGCAAAUGAGAAUGACAACUCAUUGAACAAUUGAAAUUGAAGUAGUUCACAGUUGAAGUUGAAGUAAGUUAACAGGAAACCAUCAUCAAUAGACUCUGAUAGACCGAUGAAUCAGUGUUGAGAUCGAAGAUGCACUUUGGGUUUCGACGAAUGCGUCAUAUUUUCCGGGUUAUGCCCAAGAUUUAUCCCGGUACUGUACAUCACUUAUCUGAGGCGAGCGUAAAUGGUUUAGCGAGUACUCGUUCGACUGGUAGCUCUUGGAGGCUAGAUUUGGCAGGUUGUCAAGAGCGAAGGUAUUCCUCCAUAUCAAAAACAAAGCGUCCUACCUCUUCGAAUGAGUUUUGGUCAAUGCUUAGGUCUUCUCUUAAUCAGCCAAGAGACUCUCAUACAAAUGUACUUCUAGGCCCUUAUUGGUGCUGGUUAAACUCUUAUUCGAGCAGCAAGAAUUUAUUCAAGGAAGAACAAGUUUUCCUAGUUCUCCUCGGGAAAUAUGAUGAUGGUUCUUUGGGAGCUAAACAAAAUACUAUCAAGAUGUUUGAAAUAGCAAAAGCACUUCACCAGAGGUAUUCUUUCCUUCAAGUUGUGGUUGUACAACACGGAAAAUCAAUGUGUCUCAACAAUGCAUCUAAGCAUUUCCUCCAGAGAAUCAUUAAGGAAUAUGUUACUUUUCCUAUCUUGUUAUUUAACAAGCAAAGUAUAUCUGAGGUAUGGAUGCAAAAGGCACCCUGCGUCAUCAUUUCCAAAGGUUUUUCCCAAAAUCCUAUGAUUUACCCUGGCGAUGAUGUAGAUCUUAAGACACUUGAUGAAGCAAUUCGUGAUCUGAAGGUGAAACAUGACAAGGGAGAUAAUGUUAAUGAUGCGAAGAGCACUUGGGUCAAGCCUAUUGAAGUCAUUAAGGAACCAGAUGUUUGUUUUGCUUCACGAAACUUACUGUUUUCUUUCCCAGGUUGCAUUUCAGUUGAGGAAGGUGGUGACCGCUUGUUCCUUUCCGAUGUUAACCACCACAGGAUUAUCGUGUUUGACAGCCAUGGGAAAAUUUUAGAUGCUAUUGGUUCGUCUCCUGGAUUUGAGGAUGGAGAGUUUGAGACAGCAAAGUUAAUGCGGCCUGCAGCUUCAUUUUAUCAUGCCUCUGAGGAUUGCCUAUAUUUUAUCGACUCUGAGAACCAUGCAAUUAGGAAAGCUGAUAUGGAGAGGAGGGUUGUGGAGACGGCUUUCCCAUUGACUGGUGAUAGCAAGAGGAGCAAAAGUGUAUGGAAUUGGAUUCUAGAUAAAAUAUGGAUAAACAGGAAUAUAAAGCCACAUUCGGAAGAGUUCAAUUCCGACUCAUUUUUGUUCCCUUGGCAUCUUCUGAGGUCAUCCAAUGAUGAUACCUAUGUACUUGAUCAAAGUAUGAUAUCUUUUCAUCACACACCGUACAGCUUUGGAACUCUUUGGACCAUAGAUUUGGAAUCAGGCUCUGUAAAAGAAGUUUUAAAAGAACCUUCAAAGAUUAUGGAGAAAUGUGGGCAGGCGAUCUUGGAGAAAUGCGCUCCAUUGGAACAUGUGCCUGCUGAUUGGCUACAGCAACGAGCACAUUCCACGUGCUCGUUUGAAGGAAUUUCAUAUGCUGGCCUUAUGUCUUCAGUGGCAACCUGUGGGGACCACAUAGUGUUGUCUGAUACAGAUGUUGACUACAGACUACUUGUAUUUUCUGAAGUUGGUCAGACAGUGGUUAAGUUCGGCAGUGAAGCUGGGUUGGCAAUGAGCUUUCAGUUCAAAAACUUUGGGGUUUUAGGGCUUCCUUAUUGGAUAGUGUCCUCUCUCGAACGAGUCUACUCUGCAGAUGAUCCAUACGGAGACCCUGAUCAUUCUCAAUGCUUUCGCUUAUUGCCAGGGAGGGUUGAUAUAACACUGAACAUCGAUAUUCCUCCACACACGGAACUAAUUGAACGGCCACAAGAAGGAUGCAUAUGGCGCCAGGCCAGAGGGUCUGCUAUUGAGAUCUCAGGAGUUGAUGACAAGGCUGAAUCAUCUGAAAAGGUGGGUAUUGCUCAGCAGUGGUAUGAUGAAAUUGAUAAUCUCAGCUUUUCAAUGCCUCAAGAAGAGUCGAGCACGAAAGAAGAAAUUGGACGAGCAGGUGAGGAAGUACAAGAAGGGAAAGUUCGAAUUGGUUGCACAAUCAACACUAGCCCCGGAACAAGUGAGGCUAUUAUUUAUGCUGCGGUUUACUUGCGGCUGAAAAAAGAAUCAAAUAAACAAGUUAACAGCCGGGAGAAUAAAGCGUCAAGGAUAGCUGAUAUCUUAGAUCCCAAGAAGAAAUUCAAAAGGUAUUUACUCAUUGAACAGCUCAUGCUGAUGUCAGACAGAGAUCUCGAAGAACUCAUAUUCAUGAGACCUCUACACGUGCGGCUCAAGUUCAACUGUCGGGACCACCCGAAAUCGGAUCAAAACACGAAAGGCGUAGUCUUGACUGAUUCUCUUGUGGAAGUUCAUGUUACCCUGUAAGUGGCUGGUUUUAGUAAAUUGCGGCUACAUUCGAACAUCAUAUAUUUCGGUAAGAAGUGAUCUCUCGGUUCUUCUUCUUGUUUGCUCCUGUGGGAAUGAUAGCUUAAACAAUUGGGUUUGUUGGUGAUUUGAGAAUGAAAUGCUCAAAAGAGUG